ACUCAGCGACUCUGUGGUUCUAGGCCUGAGCAAAGGAACCACGAAGGGCCCAUUGCUAAGGAAACAUGUGACACCUGUGGGGAAGGAGACCAUGUCUUGACUGUAAUGUCCACUCACUCACCCAUUCUCUUAAUAAAGUUCUGCCAUUAAGUCAUGGAGUUACCUUCCCGAGAAAAACGAGGGACCAAUGCCAUCACUAUACAACCAAAGGAAACUGUACUGGCCGCAUUUCCCUAAUGUCCCUACAGACCUCAUAGUACUCUGCUGGAUUUUCUGAAGGGGGAGCCAGAAAUCCUGGGGGCUGUCCAGAUCCUGCUUGCUGUAAUCAUUGUGAGCCUUGGGAUCAUAUUUGUGUUCAAUUACAUCAGUUUCUCCCAAAACUUUCCGCUCGUUCUUCUCUCAGGAUAUCCAUUCUGGGGAGCACUUAUUUUCAUUCUUACAGGGUGUGUUACAGGAAAAGACAAGAAAUCAAUGAAAAGUCUGGGACAAGCUGUCAUACUCAUGAAUGUUAUCAGUUCCUUGGUUGCAAUAGCUGGGAUUACUCUCACGAUUAUCAGCUACAGACAUGAAUACCCGUACUGCCAGAUACCUUCUUUCAAUGGACUAUGUGUUUUGGGAAGAGCGCUUUUCAUUGGAAUUUUGUCAGUCUUACUGAUCAUCAGCAUAAUAGAGCUCAGCAUCUCUGUGACUCUUGCAUCCUUUGGGAGCAAGUGCUGGACAACAUCCAAUGAGGUUGUGUUUUUCUUGCCUUCAGAUAUUACUCAAAAUAAUGAACAACCUGCCCCACAAGAACAUUCUUUGCUACAAUUUGAACUUCAAGAAGAGUGUUCCAGUGAUAACAGAAUAAACACACAGACUGUUUUCUUUGGAGGCUAUGCUUUCUUCAAAUUAAGAAUCUCAAGAAGUCCUUUAGACUCCCAACCCAGAUCACAGCUAUGUAAUAAAUGUAGGGAUAAUGAUCACACACUUUCUGCAUCUGUACCAAAUGAACAACAGAAAAGAAUCCCUCCACCUUUUGAAUUUUCAGAAGAAGAGACUGAAAUUAAACUUUUGUCUUCCACAUUAGAGAUAAGACCUUGGGAAAAUAUUGCACCCAUUCAGCAAGACUCUAAAACUGAACAACUGAAAGAUGAAGACCUACUAUAUGCUUUGGUACAACCUAACAAAACACAAACCCAAUUGCUUAGGAACCAAGCUUUCCCAGUCCACACACUAAAACUUCAAGCUUUGCCACCUGAAGAGCUUCCAUCUCAAGCUCUACCAGUACAAGACCUGUCAGAACAAGCCAUGUUAUCUCAUGACAUGACACCUGAAGACUUGCCCUCUAGAGACAAAUUAUCCCAGGAUGGACUAUCUCAGGACAUGCCAUCCCAAAAUAUACAAUCCCUACACAUGCUCUCUCAAGGUAUGCCAUCCCAAGACACACCAUUUCAAGACAUGUCUUACCAAGCUAUGCCGUCCUAUGCUCAAGACCAGCAAAUUAUACAUGUAGAAUAUCAAGACAUUCGAUCAGAAGUCAUGGAACUGACUCAAGAAUGGAAAUCUGAAGAGGAACUUCAUGGAAGAAAAUCCUCCAGACGGCUUUCCUUGGACAAGAAAAGCAAAGAUGGAAAAUCUACAAGAAGACAUUCCUUAGACUUGCAAAGUAAAGGCAAACAAUCUCCGAAACGGAGAUCCCUGGACCAGCAAAUCAAAAACUGGCUAUAUCCAAAGAGGCACUCCAUAGAUAAACAAGCCCAAUAUAUUCAAACCCCUGAGCAAUUCCCAGAUCAGCAACUUGAAGAUAAACAGGUCAAAGAGGAGAAAUCCUCAAGGGAACAAUCUAAAGAUGAACAAGAUAAAGAUCAGCAGGAUGGUGAAGAGCAAUCCCUAAAUAAACAAAUCCAAGGUCAAUCAGUGGAAGAGGAAAAAUCCUCAAAGGAACAAUGCCAAAAUUGGCAAAUUGAAAGAGAGAAAACUCAAGUGGAGGAACCUCCAAAGCAGUUAUGCCAAGACUGGAAAUCCCAAAUCCAGCAACAACAAGAAAGGCAGUCCCCAGUAAAGCCAUCUUCAGAUUUGAUGUGCCAAAACUGGCAAUCUUUUGGCAAGCAAUCUCAAGAUUGGAGAGAUCAAGACUGGAGAAAUAAAAAUUGGAGGGAACAAGAAUGGCAGUUUGAAAUGCACCAUUCUCCAAUCUGUGACCCUCAAGCCUGGAAAAAUCAAGACUUUCAACCAACAGUUAAACAGGAAGAUGUAAUGCAAACAAAAGACAUAAAACCAAGGGACAUUAAAUGUACAGACCAAAAACCAAUGGAAUGGCAAUCAGAAGGUAUAAACCCAAAUUUUCAAUCUUCUUCCCAAAGUAUGGUAACAAACCCAUGUUUAACCUAUUUGCCCAGUAGGGAUUCAGAGCAAGAUGUGCAACAAAACACUUCAGUUUGCUCAAAUUUAUAUGAAGAAGAUCUGAAUUUAACUUCUACUUCAUAUUGUCCAAAAGAACAACAGCAAUCUGAAGACUCCAACUAGCAUGAAAAAUCUACCGAAAUACCACACUGCCCCCAAGAAUGGAACCAAAUUAAGUAAAUACAAUACGAUCUCCUCCAACCUAUGUUCUCAACUGUGAUUGCUACCUAUAUCAUCAAAAUUAGUGUUUAAUGUCUGAUCACCAAUUCAUUUUACAACUUAAUAUUUAAUGGACUUACUUUUCUAUGGGAUCAUUUUUGCCCCUCUGUUAUGCAUUACAGGAGUCCAAAAGUCAUCUGGGAAUAAAUAUAUGCAGGCUUUCUAAGGGCUCAAGAAUCAAGAGUUGGCAAGAAAUAAAAAUCACU